AACCAUUAAAGUUGCAACCCUGUUUAGUGUAUUGUGUUUAUGAACGUAAAUGGAAAAUUUUUAUUAAAUUUUCAUUUAAAAGUGAUGGAUUUUCUGAAAAACAAUAAUGUCGUAUAAUAAUUCAGCACGUGAGGCCGACGAAUACAACAAAUCGGCUAAAAAAGAUGAGUAUUCGUCUCGCCUUCAAAAGUUGAGUCCACCGGAUAGAAAUAGUAAAUCCGAUACACAUUCAAAAUCUGAAAACCAUUACCAUAAAAGUAGUAGUAGUUUAAAAGAGAAAUCCCACCAUAAAAGGUCCAAGCAUCAAAAGCGUAGGCAUGAUGAGUAUGACAGGGAAUUGCAUAGAGAUAGAGGUAGGUACCGUAACCAACAUAGUUACACGGAUCGGCAUCGUCAUAGAAGUAGUACUUCUAACAACAAACAUAGGUAUGAAAAAGCGACGAACAAUUUAACAGAAUUAUCUAAUAAAGCAAUCGAAAUUGAAGAUGAAUUUCAUUUACACAAAUAUAAAAGGCUCAAAACAAUUAUAGACUAUAAACCACCAGAUAAUUGGGAAACCGAAACUGUCGAACAAGGGGAAAUGCACGAAUAUAACAAGGUGCAAAUGCUAAAUACAGGUGAGAUGCCCUCGAUUCAAGAACGAAACUCUGAUACAAUCACAGGCUCGGAAACUUCAGAAAACGAAGCGGAGUCGAAUAAAAUUGACAACAUUAAAGCAGAACAUUUUGCUCAAGUGAAUCAUCUGGGAUAUUCCUCUAAAGACGCUAGCCCCGAAUUACAAGAGGAGGUGGAAAGUGAGGAUGAUUUAAUAGAGCCCUUAGACCAAGAGGUACUAGUUCACGAUAAUACGGAAGAAUUGGAAGAUCUCCCGCCUUACUACCCCGCGAUUCAAGGUUGUAGAUCGGUGAAUGAAUUUCAAUUACUGAAUCAUAUUAACGAAGGUACGUACGGUAUCGUGUAUCGUGCCAGAGAUAAACAUAAUAACGAUAUUGUUGCAUUGAAACGUCUAAAAAUGGAGAAAGAAAAGGAGGGUUUUCCGAUUACGUCUUUAAGGGAAAUAAACACUCUGUUGAAAGGGCAGCAUCCUAAUAUCGUUACCGUUAGGGAGAUUGUGGUCGGGAAUAAUAUGGAUAAAAUAUUCAUAGUUAUGGAUUAUCUUGAGCAUGAUCUUAAAUCGUUAAUUGAAGUGAUGCGAAGUAAAAAGCAAAGCUUUACCGCGGCGGAAGUGAAAUGCUUACUUAAACAGUUAAUGUGUGCCAUUGCUUAUCUACACGACAAUUGGAUUUUACAUCGCGAUUUAAAAACAUCCAAUCUGCUGUUGUCGCAGAAUGGACUUUUAAAAGUGGGCGAUUUCGGUUUGGCGAGAGAAUACGGUUCGCCUCUUAAACCGUAUACGCCGAUUGUAGUGACACUUUGGUAUCGUGCCCCGGAAUUAUUACUGGGCAUUAAACCGUAUUCCACCUCUGUCGACGUGUGGUCUUGCGGUUGCAUAUUCGGCGAACUUGCACUUAUGAACCCGGUCUUUCCGGGCAAAUCGGAAAUCGAUGAACUCAAUAGGAUAUUUAAGCUUCUUAGUACUCCAAACAAAAACACUUGGCCAGGUUUUAAUAAGCUUCCGACAGUGCAGAGGAUUAAGUUAGUUCAGUAUCCUAAUAAUAAAUUAAGUCAACGGUUUAAUAUGCUUUCCGUACAAGGACAAGCGCUACUGCAACAACUCUUGACCUGCGAUCCCAGCCAACGCAUAAAUGCGGAAGACGCCUUCAACCAUUCCUAUUUUAAGGAAUUUCCUUUAGCCUUGGACCCCUCAUCGUUUCCAUCGUGGCCUACUAAGAGCGACAUAGGGCGCAUCCAUCCCGAUGAUGUUAAAAAAGUGGACGAUGGUGGUUUCCACAUCAAUGCAUCUGCAAUGGAUAAUAGAAAAUUACCAGUUGGCGGUGGCUUCAAUCUUAAGUUUUAAUUCUUUAUCAUUCAAUUUAAUUGUAUAAAUUAGUUUUUGAGAUAUAAUUGAAAAUAGUUUAUUUUGAUUUUAGGAUUUGUGGAUGUUGAAAUAAAAAAGAGUUUUGUACA